CUCUGAUCUUCCUUAACUUGCUACCAUACCAAAUAUUAGAAUUUUCAAUGAAUAUGAGCAAACUUUCUGGUUUUCUGGAACUCCUGAAAGCACCACUGAAAAUCCUAUCUCAAAAUGGUAAGCUUAUGGCCAUCACGGCGACUGUCUACCUUAUACUUUACUCGAUAUCUUUCAUCUUAUACAUGUUAUCAGCCAAUCCUUUUAUCCUUGAUUUGACGCACAAGCUUAUAGCCUUAGCCUCUGCGCGUCCCGGUACACCUGACUUCUCUAAACUCCUUGUUGCCAUUCGUGAAGAUACGGGCAUUUUCUUAGGAAUCGAAGUUGCAUACUUCGUUCUCUUCUUCUUCGUUGCGCUUUUUGCCCAGACAGCAGUUGUUAUUACUGCAUCAUGCUACUAUAGUGGUCAUGACUUGUCUCUUAAGGAACUUUUCUUGAAGGUAUCAAAAACAUGGACUAGACCAUUUGUUACUUCGUUGUGGAUACAACUUCUUUCACUUGGUUACACUAGUUUCUUCCUUUUGCCUUUCUUGGUUCCAUCACUUGUUCUUUUCGACCAUCGUACAAUCUUGAUCACAGUCUUGAUCUUUCUGGCUAUUUUUUUCAUCCUCAUCUAUAUUUAUUUAUCUGUUGUUUGGAGUUUAGCAUUUGUUGUUUCUGUGGUUGAGGAUAGUUACGGGUAUUCUGCACUGGGGAAAGCUAAAGUGCUUGUGAAUGGCAAGAGGGUACAUGGGUUUCUUCUGAACUUUUUCUUGAAUCUUGUGACGCUGGUUAUUAUUGUUACUGGAUCCAAACUGAUGAAACUAUCACCAGCAAUGCCAAUUGUUGUUGGGGUUAUUCAAGUUCUUUUGAUUGGGAUUAUUAGCAUGUUUAAGUCCAUUGCAUAUUGUGAAUUCUAUGUUCAGUGUAAGAAUAACAUGACGAAAUUAGGGGGUUUGGAUUAUAGCAGGAUUCCGACUACACCGGUUGUUGAUGAAUAUUUACCAUAGAACGUGUAUAUUAAACUACUUGUCUUACUUUCUUCUUUGUAUCUCAUCUCCCAAUAUACAGUGACGUGUUCAUGUAUUUAUUUUUGUCAUACGAAUGUUACUUAAUAGAUGAAAGUUGAGUUCUAUAA